AUGCAGAACUUUAUAAGAGUGGCUUUCCUAGCGUAUUUUUUUACUCUUCAUACCAGUGAAUGUGUCAUUUUUAAGAUGACCAAUGUAAUGUGCGGUAGCUACAAUAAAUCUUGGGUGAUAAUCAAUCAGUGCCGCUUGAAGGCGAUCGGUCGCCAUAAAAUAGUGUUCAACUUUAAUGCCACCUUUAUAUAUCCGACCACCGAUAUUUCAGUGAGAUAUCAGCUCUUUAAAAGAGAGAGUGGCUAUAAGCCCUGGCUGGUAAAUGUAAACAUAGAUGCUUGCCAAUUCUUGAGGAGACCCUAUGAUGCCAUUGGGGUAAUGAUUUAUAAGUUUUACAGCGAGUUUUCAAACAUCAAUCAUACUUGCCCGAUAUAUGGCAAUAUUCUUAUUAGAAACAUGUAUCUGAAAACGGAACCACUAAGGCGGCUUCCAAUGCCAACAGGCGAUUAUUUAAUGACAAUGGUCUGGAAAUUCUUUAAGAAACCUCAGUUUGCAACUAACGUUAGUUUCCAGUAUGUUGAAGAUCUGUUGUAA